AGGUGAUGGCAGAGAGCUCCCCGCUCCAAAGCCUGGAGAACUGUUUGAGGGACCUGGCUGCUGCGGAGAGGCCCAGUCAUCCUGGCACACCUGAGAGCAGCCCCUGCAAUGGCAGCUCUAGGCAGGAGCAGGUGCAGAGGAGCCUGGAGCUGAGGGCGGGGAGAUGCCCCAGUAAAGUGCAAUCUGCGGCAGGCACCCCUGAUACCAUGAGCGACCAACCCGGAGACAGACGGGGUCGUCCCAGCUCAUCCAGCAGUGUGGAGGGAGAGAGGGAGCAGAGGGGGCUGCCGGAGCCGCAGGCCCCACCACGGUGCCAGGAAGCUGUGCCAGCCGAGGAGAGCCCCUUGCAAGGCCUGCUCAACUGCCUGAAGGAAAUCCUCGUCCGUGCGCCCCGGUGUCCCCCCUCGCUGCCCAGCGGGGCAGCCGGCGGCAGGGCUCCCGGGGAGAGCCUCCCAUCCCUGCAGGUGAAGACAGAAGCAGCCUCGGGAGCUCCCCAUGGCCCCGGGAGCCACCGGGCCCCGGCAUCCUGCAGCAUCUCCACGGGCCGGGCAGCAGGAGAGCGGUGCCCGCAGACCCUGGGCAGGAGCUGCCGGGGGGAAGGGACAGGGCUGAGGGUCCGGCUUGUUCCCAGGUGCAGUGAAGACUGA